CGUUUCCCCCGUUUUACUUAUUAGGGCUCUGAAGAUGACAAAAACACUCCCUGUGCCCUAGAUUUUUCACUUUUAUUAUUGAUAUAUAAUUGUUUUUUUUUUUUUUUCGUUAUUAUUUUUUGUUGCCAUGUUGCGUGUUGUGGUCGAAUCCGCCAAAGAUUUGCCUAAAAAGAAGGUUGGAAGUCCGGAUCCAAUCACAUCCGUCAUUUUUAAAGAUGAGAAGAAGAAAACCAAAUCAAUUGACAGUGAGGUGAAUCCUGUGUGGAAUGAGGUGCUUGAGUUUGAUCUCAAAGAUACGCCUCUGGACUCUAGUUCCUACAUAGACGUGAUUGUGAAAGACUACGAAACUCUUGGGAAAGAUAAAUUCCUUGGUUCAACCAAAAUCUCUUUGAGAGACCUUGCCACAGGUCAAGUGAGAUCACUGCCAUCCAAAAAUGUGGCUUUGGUCAAUGAAAAUGGACAGAAUAUUGGGGCUACAAUCAGCCUCGUUAUUGGCUAUGAUCCUCCAGCCAACGCUACACCAAACCCGAAUGACCCUCAGGCAGUGGAUGGCGGUGGUGAAGAGGUUGAGAUGCUGCCAGAUGGGGGCCAAGGUGGACCUGCAGGGGGCACCUCAUCACCGGGUCAGUCUGCUAACCUCCGUCAACAGAUGUUCAGGAAGGCACAGAGACACCCGCUACCUAACAAACCUCAGGACUUCCAGAUUCGUGUCCGAAUCAUUGAAGCUCGUCAGUUGCCUGGUAACAACAUCAAACCAGUGGUUAAAGUGAACGUGUGCGCAGAAACGCACAGGACGAGGAUCAAGAGUGGCAACAACCCGUUCUUUGACGAGAUUUUCUUCUACAAUGUCCACAUGCUGCCUUCUGACCUGUUUGACCAGAGCGUCAGCAUUCGUGUCUAUGACUCAUUUUCACUGAGGGCUGACUCUCUAAUGGGAGAAUUUAAGCUGGAUAUUGGUUACAUUUAUGAUGAGCCAGCUCACUGCGUCUUGAGGAAGUGGCUCCUGUUGAAUGACCCAGAUGACUCCACCUCUGCGGCCAAAGGCUACCUCAAAGUCAGCCUGUUUGUAGUUGGGACCGGGGACGAGCCUCCGGUGGAGAAGAGGGAGCCUAAUGACGACCAGGACGACAUAGAAAGCAACCUGCUGCUGCCGGCGGGUGUGACUCUGAGAUGGGCCACACUGUCCUUGAAGGUGUUCAGAGCAGAGGACAUCCCACAGAUGGAUGAUGCAUUUAUCCAGUCAAUAAAAGAAGUGUUUGGAGGAGACGAAAACAAGAAGAACCUGGUGGAUCCUUUCUUAGAAGCUCGCUUUGCUGGCAAAAAGCUUUGCACUCAGUUCAUUGAGAAGAACGCCAACCCGGAGUGGAACCAAGUGCUGAACCUUCAAUUCAAAUUCCCAUCCAUGUGUGAGUGUGUCAAGCUGACAGUUUUUGAUUGGGAUCGUGUGACUGGGAAUGAUGCUAUUGGCACCACGUACCUGAACCUGACCAAGAUUGCCUCAUCUGGUGGAGAAAUAGAAGAGAAACAUACGGGAAAUGGGGAAAUGCCGUCGUAUGAAGCGAACACAGGAGAGUCCGAGGUAGGUUUCCUGCCAGUGUUUGGACCCUGCUAUAUAAACCUGUAUGGGAGCCCGAGAGAGUUCACUGGACUACCAGAUCCCUAUGAGGAGCUCAACUAUGGCAAGGGUGAAGGUGUGGCAUACAGGGGCAGGGUGAUGGUUGAACUGUCCACUAAACUGGAGGGAAAGAUGGAUAAAGCGGUGCACAGCAUCUCCAAUGAUGACAUCCUGGUGGUACAGAAGUACCAGAGGAGGAGGAAGUACAGUUUGUGUGCCGUGUUUCACAGCGCCUCCAUGAUACAAGAACCUGGAGAACCAAUCCAGUUUGAGGUCAGCAUCGGUAAUUACGGCAAUAAACUGGACGCCACCUGCAAACCGUUGGCUUCUACCACUCAGUACAGCUGUGCUGUGUUUGACGGUAACCACUAUUACUACCUGCCCUGGUCGAACAUUAAGCCAGUGGUUGUGGUUACCUCGUUCUGGGAAGACAUCAGCCACCGCCUAGACUCUGCCAACAUCAUCCUCUAUAUCACUCACCGCCUGCAAUCCAACCUGGAAAGAUUUAAAAUUGCCAUUUUGGCAAAAGCCAAUAACGUCCAACUAGACGAGGUGUGGCUGAAACUGCUCGAUCAACUCGUUGAAGACCUGGAAAGUUUUCCAACACCUGAGCUGGAGGGCCGGUCCAACCUGACGAGCCUGGACAUCCAGAUCAAGAAGUUACGAGACUGCGCCUUGACCAGCAUUAUGGAAGCAGCCAGGUGCAUGAGACAGGAGGCCAGAGGUUUCAGUGACACUCUGGCUGAUAUAGAGUCCUGGUUGGACAAACUCAAACUGCUGGCUGAGGAGCCACAGAACAGCAUGCCCGACGUGAUCAUCUGGAUGCUACGUGGCGAGAAAAGGGUCGCCUACAGUCGCAUCCCCGCCCACCAAAUCCUCUACUCCACAUACAGUGAUCAGGCUUGUGGACAAAACUGUGGAAAGAUGCAGACGGUCUACUUAAAGUAUCCUAUGGACAAGGACAAGGGCUUGAAGGUGCCAGUACAAGUUCGAGUCAACAUGUGGUUGGGCCUGUCUGCACACGAGAAGAAAUUCAACUCCUUCUCUGAGGGAACGUUCAGUGUCUUUGCCGAGCUGUAUGAAAACCAGGCCAAAGUAUUUGGGAAGUGGGGCACCACUGGACUCGUGGGCCGUCACAAGUUCUCCGAUGUAACGGGCAAACUGAAGCUGAAACAAGAGUACUUCAUCCCGCCCAGAGGAUGGGAGUGGGAGCACGAUUGGUUCAUUGAUCCAGAAAAGGCUCUGCUGACGGAGGCGGAUGCAGGUCACACUAAAUUCAUGGAUGAGGUUUUCCAAAACGAGACUCGCUUCCCAGGUGGCGAGUGGAAAGCUGCUUCAGAACCCUUCACUGACGUGAAUGGCGAAAAGAACCAGAGUCCUGGACAGUUUGAGUGUCCUCCAGGUUGGGAUUGGGAGGACGAGUGGACUGUGGAUGUCAACAGAGCUGUGGACGAUCAAGGGUGGGAAUACGGAGUGACUAUUCCUCCAGAUGAUAAGCCUCGGUCCUGGGUGCCCGCGGAGAAGGUGUACCACGUCCAUCGCAGGAGGCGAGUGGUUCGACCUCGUAGGAGAGUUGCACCUGCUGGAAGAGCAGCUGCAGAGAGGCGGGACCAAGGUGACCCUGAGGGAUGGGAAUUCUCUUCUCUGAUCGGCUGGAAGUUCCAUCGCAAGGAACGCUCAUCGGACACGUUCCGACGGCGGCGCUGGAGGAGGCAGAUGGGACCUGAAGAUCUCCUUGGAUCAUCUGCCAUCUUCAAACUAGAGGGGGCGCUGGGUGUUGACACUGAGGAGAAGGAGGUGGGUUCCAAAGCAGAUGCCAACAAGCUCUUUGGUGCCAACACACCCACAGUGUUCUGCUCAUUUGACAGGUCCUACAUCUACCAUCUCCGUGUGUACAUCUAUCAGGCAAGGAAUUUGUUGUCGAUGGACAAAGACAGCUUCUCAGAUCCAUAUGUGCACGUCUCCUUCCUGCAUGUUAGCAAAACGACAGAGAAGCUCCGAGCAACGCUUAACCCAGCCUGGGACGAAACGCUGAUUUUCAACGAUCUGGAGAUUUACGGAGACCCCAAGAACAUCGCACUGCGGCCCCCUGACAUUUCGCUGGAGUUCUAUGACCACGACCAAGUGGGGAAAGAUGAGCUGCUGGGCCGCAGUGUUUGCAGCCCGCUGGUGAAGCUGAAUCGAGGCAUGGACGAGACUCCCAAAUUGCUAUGGCAUCCCAUCUUCCAGAAAGGUCGAAGGGCAGGGGAGGCGCUUGUGGCUGCUGAACUCAUCCUUAAAGAUAAGUCAAGUGAAAUGGAUCUUCCCCUGCUUCCCCCGAAGAGAGCUGAGAACCUCUACAUGGUUCCUCAGGGUAUCCGUCCUGUGGUGCACCUCACCGCUGUGGAGAUUCUGGCGUGGGGCCUGAGGAACAUGAAGUCAUACGAGCUGGCCUCUGUGUCCUCCCCCAGUCUGGUGGUGGAGUGCGGCGGACAGAGGGUCGAGUCGGCCGUUAUCAAGAACAUGAAGAAGAGUCCCAACUUCCCCAGCUCGGUCCUCUUCAUCAAAGUGCUCCUUCCGAAGGAUGAGAUGUACACGCCUCCCAUUGUGCUGAAGGUGAUUGACCACCGCCCAUUUGGCAGGAAGCCUGUUGUGGGUCAGUGUACCAUCACGUCGCUGGAGCAGUUCAGAUGUGACCCCUAUGUUAUCACUGCAGAGGGCGCUAUGACUUCCAAAAUGGCUCUGAUGGCGUUUCCCUCCAAACACGUGUCUAUUAACAUGGAUGAGUCGAGACCACUGCUAGAAACACAGUUCAUGUACAGCAUGUCGGCCGCGGUCGACAAAAUGGCUCCGCCUUCCUCCCACUUUUAUGCAGAGAAGGAAAAAGAGACUGUGGAUUGGUGGAGUAAAUUCUAUGCUUCGGUUGGAGACCAGGAGAAAUGUGGCCCAUAUCUCAAGAAAGGAUACGACACCCUUAAAGUGUAUGACUGUGAGUUGGAGUCCGUCCAAGAAUUCAGUGGGCUGACAGAUUUUUGCAGCACCUUCAAACUGCAGCGAGGCAAGAAUGGACAAGGGGAUGAUGACCCCACUGUGGUUGGAGAGUUCAAGGGUUCAUUCAAGGUGUAUCCUCUACCAGAUGACCCAGGUGUUUCCCUUCCUCCCCGUCAGUUCAGAGAGCUGCCAGAAAGGGGCCCUCAGGAGUGUCUGGUCAGGAUAUACAUUGUCCAGGGUUUAACCCUGCAGCCCAAAGACAAUAAUGGCAGAUGUGAUCCGUACAUUAAGAUAUCGCUGGGAAAGAAAACCACUGAUGACAGAGAAAAUUAUAUUCCCAACACCACCAGCCCUGUAUUUGGAAGGAUGUUUGAGAUGACCUGUUUCCUACCCCAGGACAAGGAUUUGAAAAUCUCCGUAUACGAUUUUGAUCUCCUGACCCGCGAUGAGAAGGUCGGCGAGACCGUGAUAGACCUGGAGAACCGCUUCCUGUCACGGUUUAACGCCUACUGUGGCCUGCCACAAACCUACUGCAUUUCUGGUGUGAACCAGUGGAGGGACCAAUUGAAGCCAUCUCAGAUCUUGGAGAACUUGGCUCGUCUCAAAGGCGUGUCCAAACCCAGGACGGAAGACAACGGCACCACACUCACCUUCAACGGCAAAGAAUACACGCUGGCACAGUUUGAGGACAACAUGGAAAUUCAUCAACACUUGGGUCCACCCCGAGAACGAAUCUGCCUGCACGUGCUCAGGACGCUGGGUCUUGUCCCAGAACACGUGGAGACUCGGACCCUUUACAGCACUUUCCAGCCCAACCUUUCUCAGGGAAGGCUUCAGAUGUGGGUGGAUGUUUUCCCCAAAAUCAUUGGCAUCCCUGGACCUCCAUUUGAGAUCUCACCCCGUAAACCUAAGAAGUAUUUCCUGCGAGUUGUCAUCUGGAACACCACAGAUGUGACGCUGGAUGAGAAAAGCAUCACUGGAGAAAACAUGAGUGACAUCUACGUCAAAGGUUGGAUGCCAGGUAUGGAGGAGGACAAGCAGAAGACAGAUGUCCACUACAGGUCUCUGGAUGGAGACGGCAACUUUAACUGGAGGUUUGUCUUUGGCUUUGAAUACCUGCCUGCUGAGCAACUCUGCCUCGUGUCUAAGAAGGAGCACUUUUGGAGUCUUGACAAAACGGAGUUCAGGAUUCCACCCAAGCUAAUCAUACAGAUAUGGGAUAAUGACAAGUUCUCACUAGAUGAUUACCUAGGUACGCUGGAGCUGGAUUUGCGAAACCUGGUUCCUCCUACCAAGACCCCAGAGAAAUGCUCUCUGGACACGAUGGAGCUUUUGGAAAUGGGUUCGCCACAGAAAAUGGAUCAGACCAAAUCCCUGUUUGCUCAGCAGUCGGUCAGAGGGUGGUGGCCUUGUUCCAUUGAACAGGGUGGGAAGAGGGACCUCGGUGGCAAAGUGGAGAUGACGUUGGAGAUCAUAAGUGAAGCAGAAGCAGAUGAGAGGCCUGCAGGAAAAGGCCGGGAUGAACCCAACAUGAAUCCCAAAUUGGAUCCUCCCAAUCGCCCAGAGACGUCCUUCUUCUGGUUCACCAACCCUUGUAAAACCAUGAAGUUCAUUGUGUGGAGGAGGUUCCGGUGCCUCUUCAUUGGACUGAUCAUCCUGAUCAUUGUGGUUCUCUUUGUCGCCAUCCUGUUGUACUCCUUACCGAACUACAUCUCAAUGAAGAUCGUGCAGCCACUAAAGUAGGUCUAUAACAGAGCAGCAGCAGUGAAGCCAGAGACUCAGAAUGUCUACAAGACAGCACCAAGUGGACAACUACUGCCAAACCCUCACUUUUUAGUCACCUCCUGUGUAUUUUGUGUCUAGAUGAGGCCUGCACCUUUGCACCGAACUAUGCAAACCAUAAAACUGUGAUAGAUAUCAGAACAGGAAAAUAAGAGCCUACUUAGUUAUAAUCUCGGUGACUAGAAUAAUCAAAAUCCUUUGACACUGUAAUGAGUGUAAUUAAUGUUCACUGUUCAUUCAACGUUUUGGUAAUUUGUGUUUGUGGUAAUACACUGACUAAAUUUUUAACAUGUUUUUCAAGUUGUAACUGUGGUGACUGAACUGGAUGUUACACUGUACAAGGGUUUGAUUUUCUGGUCACUAAAUGUCACCCUGUCACACAUAUUCAGCCUCCCUGGACUGAACAACCACACCAAAGGCAAUACUUAAAAAAAAAAAAAAUCAGGUUAGGAGAUUAAUGAAUACUACGG